AUGGCUUUGACAAAAGCCAAGUCGCAGGGCACAGCCCCCGCCGCAGGACCGGCCAAAAGAAAGGUGGACGAUGUCGAGUUCUUGCUGACUCUAUUGGACAGAGUCCAAAUCGAUUACAAGUUGACUGCCCAAACCCUGGGCAUUGAAAAAUCCACCUGCCGUAUGCGGCUCCUUCGGCUGCAGCAGAGGUAUGGCAUGAAGAAGGUGGGACCGACGCGUGGCCCACAUAGCAAGAAACAAGGUGUAAAAACCAGUAAGAAGUCUACCAUAGCAAGGGAGUUGCUUAAUAUUUCCAACGAGCCAGCUGCUACUGAGCCCACCGCCGACGAGAAUAGAAGCAGUGACCUUACCAAUCUGGGGUCGACUGAUCUGGAGGAGCCUAUCAAGAACCAAGGAACCAAUGCUGUAGAAUUACUGAUCCUACCUCUAUGUGACAACGUCGACUACCAGGCUGCCGCUCAGAAACUCGUUAUACAAAAGGGGACCUGCCGUAUGCGGUUGACUCGGCUCCAACAAAAACAUGGCUUGAAGAAGGUUGGACAAAAGCGUGGCCCACGCGCCAAGAAGGGAGUGACCAGCACCAAGAGCCCUACACAAGGAACCAAGUCCCCAGACGCCUCUGACCACCAAGAUAUCACUGGGAACACCGCUGAGGUUACCGAUCUAGAGGAGCCCGUCAAGAACUAG